AUGGCACAAGACUAUACCGAAUGGCUGGCGGUGAACGUGGUGAAUGAACGGCAAAAUGUCAACUACCGCAACUUGAGCAGAGCGCUGAAGGUCCACUGCGAUGUGGCCAAGCAGAUGAUGUAUGAUUUUUAUCACAAGCAGAACAGCAAGAAGCCCGGCAGCGUGCAUGCUACAUACCUAAUCACUGGCACGAAGCGAGCCGCGCAGACGAAUGGCGUACACAGUCAAGAAGAUGGAGACGACACUGUCAUGCGAAGCAGUCCACCGCUCCCGAGCAGCUCUAUCCCUCAGCCGGCUGAAGAUUCAGCAACCACGACCCCGAUUCGUUCAAUCAUGCUUGUGAAAGAGGAGCACCUGGACCAGGCAAAAGAGCUGUUCGAGGCGAUGACCAGCAUACACAUAUACAGCUUACAGGCCAAUGGUCUGAAGGACUUUCAGGCCUUGACGGAUUGCAAUCGAAGAGUUGCAGCCGAGUAUGCUUCUGAAGACCCAUUGAAAGAGUGGAAGAAGUAUGGCACAAUCCAGAACCCAGGCGUCAGGAGGAAGACGAGGAAGACCGGACCUCCACCUUCUGCCGCACCAGCAGCCAAGCCAGAGCCUGUCAAGGCGAAAGUCACGGCUGCAGCGGCUGCGAAGACGAGCGCAGCUGAGAUCAAGGAGUCUACCAAGCCGGUUGCGAAGAGCUUUGGUGCUCACGCACAACCUGAGGGAACCAGCAAGCCGCCGCAAAGCAAGAAGGAAUCCUCGAGUAUCUUCAAGUCAUUCGCCAAAGGUGCGGCCAAACCCAAGAAGACUGACUCGCAAAGCUCCGCCGCAGCAUCUCCUGCACCACCCCCAGCCGCGGAACCUGAAGAUGUCCCAAUGACUGGGUUUUCGGACGACGAGCUCGAUGACGAUCAAACGGAGAGCGGCCUGCCUGACGAGGAAGCUAAGGAGCCAUCCGGCAAAUCGAAGAAGGAGCGUGAGGCCGAAUUGCAAGCAAUGAUGGACCAAGAGGACGAGCCAAUGGAAGAUGCAGACAGUCCAGCAGCUGACGAAGAGAAACACGACGAAGGCGCCAUCGAUAACGCUGAUUCGCAACCAAAGGAGGAACCGAAAGAGACUGUUACUGUUGAGAACGGUAGACGACGUGGUAGGAGAAGGGUUACGAAGAAGAAGACUGUCAAGGAUGAGGAUGGUUACCUUGUCACGAGAGAAGAAACAGCCUGGGAGUCAUUCUCAGAGGACGAACCAGCUCCGAAGAAACCCAAGGUCCAAGCACCGUCUACGACUAAGGCUUCGGCAGGCAAGAAGGGAGCGAAGCCCGGCCAAGGCAACAUCAUGUCUUUCUUCUCGAAGAAGUAA